AUGGCGAACAAUCAUCAACAGAAUCAGGAAGAAGGGGCCUUCCAGCUUAGUGUCACCCGCAAGGAGCCGACCCUUGUCACCCCGGCGGACGAGACCCAGAAAGGUUUCUACUUCCUGUCAAACCUGGACCAGAACAUCGCCGUCAUCGUCCGCACAAUCUACUGCUUCCACUCCGAAAACAGGGGAAACGAGGAUGCCAUCGAUGUGAUCAAGGAUGCCCUGUCCAAAGUCCUGGUUCACUACUACCCGCUCGCUGGCCGCCUCACUCUAAGCCCCGAGAUGAAGCUGAUUGUGGACUGCACUGCCGAGGGUGCCGUCUUCGUCGAGGCCGAAUCCGACUGUCGCGUUUCUCAGAUUGGAGACAUCACGAAGCCUGAUCCUGUCACUCUGGGGAAGUUGGUUUAUGAUAUUCCUGGCGCUCAGAACAUUCUUCAGAUUCCGCCUCUUGUUGCUCAGGUAACAAGAUUCAAGUGCGGAGGUUUCGUUCUGGGUUUGUGCAUGAACCACUGUAUGUUCGACGGAAUCGGUGCGAUGGAGUUCGUCAAUUCGUGGGGCGAAACGGCCCGUGGGCUGCCACUCAACGUCCCACCGUUUAUGGACCGGACAAUUCUGAAAGCCCGAGUCCCGCCCCAAAUCCAAAACCCUCACCACGAGUUCGCCGAGAUCGAGGACAUAUCAAACGCCGCCAGGCUCUACGAGGAGGAAGAGAUGCUCUACCGUUCUUUCUGCUUCGACCCGGAAAAGCUCCAGCGCGUCAAGGCCAGAGCACUCCAAGACGGCUCCUUGCCCAAAUGCACGACCUUCGAAGCCCUCUCCGCCUUCGUCUGGAAAUCGCGGACCCAGUCCCUCAAACUUCUCCCCGAUCAGGAGACCAAGCUCCUCUUCGCAGUGGACGGCAGGGGCAAGUUCGUGCCCCCGAUCCCAAGCGGCUACUUCGGCAACGCCAUCGUGCUCACCAAUUCGCUCUGCAAAGCAGGGGAGAUUGUGGGAAACGACCUGUCGUCUGCGGCGAGGCGGGUUCAGGAGGCUGUGAGGAUGGUGGAUGAUGGGUACAUGAGAUCGGCGAUUGAUUAUUUUGAAGCGACAAGGAAAAGGCCGUCUCUGGCUGCGACGCUGCUCAUCACCACCUGGUCGAGGCUGUCUUUCCAUACUACGGAUUUCGGGUGGGGGGAGCCAACGGUUGCGGGGCCCGUCGUGCUUCCGGAGAAGGAAGUCAUUCUCUUCCUCUCGCACGGGAAAGAGAGGAAGAGCGUGAAUGUGUUGAUGGGAUUACCAGCUUCCGCCAUGGAAACGUUUGAAGGGCUGAUGGAUAUAUGA